AUGUCAGAGAACAACUCAACACCUCGGAGGACAUCAGCCGACACUGUCAAAGGCAAACCCGUCAGCCAACGCGCCGCAAGACGGAAAGAGGCAGUAGAGAUUGACGAUCUAGUCUCCGGGUUCGGUCUUCUCGCCGUCAAUGCCACAGCGAGAGACUUCUAUGGCUUCACGACUGAGAUGUCGUAUGCCAGAUUAAUCCAGUCGGCGAGCACAAAGGAGCCGCUGCCUCAGGGCUUAACCAAAGCUCUGCCAGAACGGCAUGCCGCGAAUUCACUUAUCCAGCAUUACCUGAACAACGUCUUCACAAUCCUUCCUGUUUCCGAAGAGACUACUUUGUACUCGUCAAUGGACGCCAUCUACCAACCAGGCAGUAAUGCCACAUCUUGGGACCGAUGGACUGUGCGCAUGGUACUGGCCAUUGCCUCACUAUCCCAAUCUCAACAGCGUGGUGACACUUUCUACUCGGAUGCCGUGGGCCACGUUAAUGCAGCGCUUGAGAAUGCUGAAGACGUCCUGCAUCCCGGCUACAUCGCCAGCAUCCAGGCUCUGGUACUCUGGACCAUAUACGCUACCAUGGACCCACAUCAUUUUGACAGCUGGACCUUGAUUGGCGCAGCAUCUCGCGCCAUGGUAGACCUCGGGAUCCACCAAGAUCCUUCAAAGAAUGUAGCAAUUUCCAAGGCCAAGUUGGAGAUCCGGAGAAGAGUGUACUGGUCGACUUCCCUCGUCCAGACGCGAGCUUUUUCCUUCUCCGACGAAGCGGCGAACGUUGGGUUUCCUUUCAAUGUCAACACAACAUCGCCAAAGUAUGCCUCACCUCAGUCUCAGGUCUUCCAGCAAUCAUUCGAUUCCGCUCUCGACAUGUUCAAGAUACGUGAGAUUCAGUCUGAGUGGUACAUGGAUCUAUUUCACUCCGGACGUGAACCGUGGCAAGACCCCUAUCCGUAUAUCUGGAAGCAAUACACCCGCAUGUCGGAGUGGUUCCAAGAUAUGCCUCAAAGUACAUUACCCGCCAUCAGGUCCUUCUUUGAGCUUGAGCUGCUCUACAGCUACGUUUACAUUCUAUCACCAAGCCCACGAAUACCGCAUAUUCACGAAUAUGCCCAGCGCCUGAUUUUCGAGCAUUGCAUAGCGUAUGCCACGAACCUUUUGUCUCUUCUCAACAAGCCAGCGAACACCAUAAAACCACCAGUGACCUUCUACGAUGCUAUGCGAGCUUAUAUGACUGGGCGUCAAUUUGUCGAUGUUUUAUCACGCAACAUGGACGUCAUCUUGGAUCCAAGACCACCGAUACCCCCAGUGCCAAUUGAAUCACAGGUAGACUCCGAGGAUACACUCGCACCACCAUCGCAAAUAAGGCCACCGCCAUUUCCCUCGCCGUUGCUUUCAGAAGGGCAAAUGACUCCCGCAGACCCCACAACGCGAGCCAUUAACGCCAUCAAUGACUUUACUUCCGUCCUCUCAAACUUUGGUCUUCGCUUUGGCUUCACACAUUGGCGCGACCGGUUCCAACGCGAGUCUGCUGCUUUGACCGCACAGCUAUAUCACCGCAACUCAAGCUCUCCACAUGCCUCGCCUGGCGCACCGCAAAUCGCACCGCCAGUAACAUAUCCCCCACAAUGGGUUACGAUGCCAUCAGUGUCACCGCAAGCACCACAGCUCGUUUACGGUAAUCCCACGACACCACCCGCUCUCUUCCCGCAGCAACCAAGCCCAUUUUCGAGCUCCAUGUCAUACAACGGCAACCCAUUCGACGUGCAAACAAGUCCGCAUCAAUCUCACAUGUCAUACGAAGGCUCGACCCCUAAUCACCAGCAAAUGUGGGGUACCCCCUCGCCGCAACCUAUGCCGGAUAUGCCGCGGCCCACUGAGGGAAGGAAGAGACAGGCGUUGGUAUAUGGUGCAGGGAUGCAAAACCAAGGUCACAGUCCUGGCGCUGCACCUGUGCAGGUCCCGGAGUCUGGUAGCUGGAAUCCCCAGCAACAACAACAGCAGCAGCAACAACAACAACAGCAAGUGCAUCACCAUCAGCAACAUCCAUCACAAGACAACGGCAAUUGGACACAACAAGUACCGCAAAACCAGUCAGAUUCGAAUACAUGGAGUCAAGGCAACAUGCACUGGGGCUGA